AUGAACUCCUUCCGCGUUGCCAGAACGGCCCUCCGCGCCGCCCGUCCCGCCGCUUUCCGCGCUCCCAUGGUCCAGCGCCGCGGCUACGCUGAGGCUGCCAGCGACAAGCUCAAGCUGUCCCUCGCCCUGCCUCACUCGACCGUCUUCAAGUCCUCCGAGGUCGUUCAGGUCAACAUCUCCGCCGAGUCCGGCGACAUGGGUCUUCUCACCGAGCACGUCCCUGCCAUCGAGCAGCUCAAGCCCGGUGUGAUCGAGGUCAUUGAGGAGCAGGGCACCAAGUCGUGGUUCGCUUCCGGUGGCUUCGCCGUCAUGCAGCCCAACAACAACCUUUGCAUCAACGCUGUCGAGGCCUACCCGCUGGAGGACUUCAGCGUCGAGGCCGUCCGCAACCAGAUCGCCGAGGCCCAGAAGGUCGCCAGCGGCAGCGGCUCCGAGGUCGACAUCGCCGAGGCCCAGAUCGAGCUGGAGGUGCUCGAGAGCCUGCAGGAGGCGCUGAAAUAA